CAUCCAAGCCAAAUAUAAAAAUAUGGAGAUUGCGCUUAUUGCCGCAACUCCUGAAAAGUACAGAAAAAGAAUACUAGCCAAGGUUUAUCCUUAGAUUAAGUUAAUUUAUCAUAUUUAAUAUUUAUGAUUAGACAUUUUAUAAUGAACGGAACUAGAGAUAAAGGAAUCAUAUCCAAGCUAAUGGCGCUGCAGGCUCGAGUUGACGCGAUUUCAGAAGAAAGCAGACAAAUAAGUGCCUCCAUAUCAACGAUUAUUUCGUCGCUCAGUCAGUCCACCAAAAGAUCAAAUUUAGAGGUUAUUGAUGCAUUACCAGAACCUAAACGGAUUAAAGAAGAGAGAAACGGUUCAGGCCUGGUGACCAACGCUGAGGGUUUUGUUGUCGUGCACACAGACGGUGCUUGCACAGCUAACGGUAAAGUUGGAGCUCGAGCUGGUGUCGGAGUCUGGUGGGGGGACAACUCUCCAUCUAACCUAAGUCGCCCGGUAACAGGGGGGCGGCAUACCAACAAUACGGCAGAAAUACAAGCUGCUACUCUAGCCAUAGCGCAGGCUAGGGGUCUUGGUAUAUCUAAACUUGAUAUUCACACCGACAGCCAGUUCACUAUUAAUUGUGUUACUAAAUGGAUGCGGAAUUGGAAGUGUAACAAUUGGCAGACCGCUGACAAGAAACCUGUGAAAAAUCGUGAAGAUCUUGAGGCGCUUGAUCGUGAGAUGGCGAAGGGUCAAUUGCUCCUAAGAUGGACCCACGUGCGGGGACAUUCUGGUAUCUAUGGGAACGAACAGGCUGAUCGGCUCGCUGUAGCUGGAGCCAAGAUGAACCCUUAAAUAUCAACUCUAUCCUUACACUUGAACCUGUGAUCUAGAAACUAUUCGUUCAUUUUUUAAUCUGAGCAUUUUUAUUUUUGUAGAAAAA